AUGAAAGAGGCCGGCGUGAAAGUUAUGGGUAUGAUUGGUGGUGCCGCUCCUGGCUCAUUCACCUCAGAGACGCUGGACGGCGACGAAGAUGUCUUUGAGAAAUACUACACCCAAAUACGUGAAGUGAUCUUUCGAUACGAACUGGACGGCUUAGACAUCGAUGUUGAGCAGCCCAUGAGCCAAGAUGGCAUAGAACGUCUGAUUGAUAAAAUUCACUGCGAUUUCGGAUCUGGCUUUAUCAUCACUUUGGCCCCGGUGGCUUCCGCUCUUAAAAACGGAGGAAAUCUUAGUGGGCUUGACUAUAAGCUACUAGAGUAUCGGAAGGGGUGUAAAAUUAGCUUCUAUAACUGUCAAUUUUACGGGGGAUUCGGUACAAUGUCCAGCACAAAAGAUUACCACGACAUUGUGACGAAUGGGUUUAAGGCCUCUCGGGUGGUGGCUGGACAGCUUUCUUCUGGUACACUUACUUACGAUCGGCUUGGUCAACUCAAUAUUAAUACUACAAUUGUAUCUUUGAGGGAAAAAUACGGGCGGAUCGGAGGCAUAAUGGGCUGGGAGUACGGUCUUAGCGUUACCAGGGGCAUGGAUGAACCUUGGAGGUGGGCGCAAGCUAUGACACAAAUUCUGCGACCCAAAUUUUUAUCUUCCAGAGCAACUGCAGAUCAACUUGGCGGCGGCAUAUAA